CCCUUCAUUGCAAAUGUGGACGGACAAGUACGGUUGUGUGUGACUGCAGCCGUGGGUGUCCGGGCACCUGUUCCUCAGCGUCGUCUCUUUUCGCCCUGAGGCGUUGGGCUUUGGUCCAGAAACCAGUAGCUGAGUCGGGUCUCCUUCAAGGGCAGCCCCAAGUAUUGCUCCCUGUCUUACGCGGGGCGACGGCGCUUCCUCGGGGCACAGCCCCAACUCCCCCACCCCACCCGCCCGGAGGUGGCUCCAUGCUGCCGGCAGCCUCCGCCGCCUCUUCCCGUCCCUCGGCAAGAGUCUGGACGAGGAGGCGGCGUCCCCCGAGCGUCCCGCCCGCGGCCUGAGAGGGGCUCCGGUGGAGAGUAGCUGCCGCCGCGCAGCGCGGGAGGAGGAUGGCGAACCAGCUGGUGAUUCUCAAUGUCUACGACAUGUACUGGAUGAAUGAAUAUACCUCUUCACUUGGAAUUGGAGUAUUCCAUUCAGGAAUAGAGAUAUAUGGCAGAGAGUUUGCUUAUGGUGGCCAUCCAUAUCCCUUUUCUGGAAUAUUUGAAAUUUCUCCAGGAAAUGCAUCUGAACUAGGAGAAACAUUUAAAUUCAAAGAAGCUGUGGUGCUUGGAAGCACAGACUUCAUGGAGGAGGAUAUAGAGAAAAUUAUAGAAGAACUUGGGAAAGAAUUUAAAGGAAAUGCCUAUCACUUAAUGCACAAAAACUGCAAUCAUUUUUCUUCAGCUUUAUCAGAGAUUCUCUGUGGAAAAGAGAUUCCUCGUUGGGUGAAUCGCCUUGCUUACUUCAGCUCCUGUAUCCCAUUUCUCCAAAGUUGCCUACCAAAAGAAUGGCUUACACCUGCAGCACUUCAGUCUAGUGUAAGUCAGGAGCUUCAGGAAGAACUGGAAGAAGCAGAAGAUGCUGCAGCGUCAUCUUCUCUGUCAAGCUCAGUAUCGAGAACUGGACAUCACUCAAAAAUAUAAGUUCAGUCAGUAACUGAUUUCACUAACAGAAUUCUUGCCCAUCUGGAUGUGUCUUUGGUAUGCAAUUAGCUCUCUCUCUCAAGCCCUUGAUAUCUUCUGCUCAGGAUUUUAUAUAUGAUGAGAAGUUUCUGGGAAAAGUGAAAAUUUGAGGUGGAGCUGCUGUCUUUCAUCUGAUCCAAUAGCUUUGGACUUACAUAACUUUGUUUACAGUAUUGUGUGCUGCUGUUUACAAGUCCCACAGGGACAUCUGCCAUUGAAAGACAAUGUGUCAAAUAGCUCAAUUGGACCUGCAUAACUUAAACAGCAUCUCUUCCAAAUGUUGCUGAAAAUGAAGCAGGAAUUGUUGAAAACUGUAAGCAGGGUACAUACUGAUCAAUAUAAAGAAAUCUGUCCUAUGAAGCAAGGAGAUUACCUUGGUAUAUAACUGAGAAUAUAUGUUCUUAAAAUGUUACUGUCAGUUAAAUCAUGGUUUUUGACCACUUAUGAAAUGCAAAUUAAUAUUUUACUACAAAGUCUAUUGGAUUCAGUUAGAGUUCAAUCUCGUAAGUUAUGUUUGUACUUUUUUGAGGUUUUUAGAUUUAUUUGUCUUAAAUGUUUUGUCUGACUCGGUUUUGAAAAAAAAUAUUCUGAACAACAGCUUUUUAACUGAGUCCUCAACAGUGCCUGUUUCACAUAAUUUUUAACAGAUGGAACACAUAGUUGAUUUGUUGGCAUUUUCCUUUAACAUUUGGCAACAUCAUUUAGAUAGCAGUAUUUAGCCUAUGGUUGCAAUUCCUUUGACCAUUUAAGUUCUGCAACCAGUCCUACCACAUGUAAAUUGCUGUUUAUUAGAAGAACCUCGUCCUAAAAACAUGGAGAAAACUGCUGUUGUGAUUUUUUAAAAUAGAGCUAGUUUUUUCAACAGCAAGAAAUAUAAGUCUCUUCCAACCUAUUGUGUUAACAGAAGACCCCUUAAGUGUGCCUGGUGAGGUUACUUUCUUACUCAUGCUAAUCUACCAGUAAAGUGUACUGUAUAAACUAUAAAACCUUUUUAAAAAUUAUCAAGAGCAAAGGAAUUUCAUCUGUUUUCCAGCUUUCUCAUGGAGGUGUUGUUUGUGUAUACAGCAGUGGUGACACGCUAUUGGAAUAGGCUUCAGAUUUUCAUUAUGUAUGCUGCCUUAAGGAUCUUCCAGUCAAAUGGAAAAAAGUCAACUGAAAAUAAUGUAUAAACUGAGCUCCAAGUCUGCAGAAAUUUGCAUUGGUGAAAAAAAUGUAAACCUCGCAUGUGCUAUUUAUGUUGCUUGGUUUGCUGAUGCAUAAACUUUGGUGCAGAUAUCAGAAAUGACAAGUCUACAAAAGUUAGGACUGGUAAAAUGAUAUAUUGUAACAUAUAUUUAUAAUACAAAUGUAAAUCUGUAGACAGAAAAGACAUUAAUGUGGCUUUUGGUUAAUAUUGCAAUAUCUACUUUUUCAACCACUUCAAUUUAUACACAUUUAUCUUAGGGCUAAUUACGUUCUUUGCGCUCCUGAUGCUUCAUUGACAAACAGUCUGGGAGUUCCAUGCUCAGAACUUAAUUCCUAGGUGUACACAGCUCUGAUUCAUAUCAGGACCGUGGGGAGAGGUAGCAUGUGCCUCUCCCCCCACGCCCACCCACAUGAUUUUCCUGAUCUGAAAUGACCAUGGUGUACUGCUUUUUGCUCAAUUAGCAAAACUGACAUGUAGCUCACUGGUACAACUAAGAUUUUCCAACAAGACAAAUAGAGACUCUCCAAGGUCAGUUCAGAACAGGAUAACAGCACUGGGCAGGGUGAAGCAUAAGCCACCUCAUCCCAUAUGCCACUGCCUUUAACUGUUUCAGGUCCAGAAAUACAGAUUCCCAGCAUGGAAAUCCCUGCAAAAGUCUGGUCAACAGGACUGGAAUUCUCAGCCCGCACUUUGCAAUGUGUUAAUUGGCUUUUAGGCUGUUUUUUAGGCAAACUUGAGGAGGAGGUGGAAAGUGCCAUCAUGCCACAGUCAACUUACAGUGACGACUGCAUAGGAUUUUCAAGGCAAGACAUGAAUAGAGAUGGUUUGCAUUGUCUGCCUCUGUGUACCCACCCUGAAUCUCCUCGGUGGUCUUCCAUCCAAGUACUAACAAAGGCCAACCCAGCUUACCUUCUGAGAUCUGAUAACAUCUUGCUGGUCUGGACUAUUCAGGUCAGGACAAACGUGAGGUAAAAGCUGCUUUAUUACAUAGAAUACACAGUUAUGUGAAAGUGAAAUAAUUCUCCAAAAUGUAAUGUGGUUAGAGUGUUCAGAAUUUAGCAACAAACAAAAUUGUCUUAACAAUGCCACUGUUACUGUAAGUGAACCUUUUUUAUUUUGUAACUAUUUAGCAAAGAGCCAUGAAUGGAUCAAGUUGGUGGAAGGGAUUUUUGCUGACUGUUCCCUCUUCAGAAUUCAGCCUUCUGUGCAUGUCAGCAAGCCACUCGUGAGUGGGGUGCACAGGAACAGUGUGGGAUGCAGGGUGAAGGGCUGCAGCCAGAAGGGUGAAUCAACAGAAAUAAUCUCUCAGCUUUUUGCACAAGCUCUUCCAUGACGUGAACAAGAGUGGAAGAGGAGGAAAUAUCUGCCAGCUUCCCCUUUCAGCUGCAGCCCUCCAUUCUGCAUUCCAUGCUGUUCCUGAGGUUGGCCUAAUCUCUUAUCAGUGGGUUUUAAGGAGUGCUGGAGCUUGCAGUGUAAAAAGGAAAUUAGCAAAAAUCUUUUUGGAGUCACUCCAUGGUAGGAACUAACUUUCUUAAACUGACUAUCUGAACUUGGAUUUUGAAAUUUUUAUCCUUUGUUCCUACUAAAUUUUGCUGGAUCAUAUAAAAUAACUAACCAGUAGCAAGACAUAUGACUUUUUCCCCCUCUACUAUAGCUGAGAUGGAAAUGGUAUUUUGUAGUUUGUUUUUGAAGCUGUUUAUGACAUUUAAAUUCUAGCAAUUGUAAGCUCUGGUUCAGACUCCUCAUUGCUGUGUGAUGCACAUAACUAUUCCAUAGAAAAUCUUCCAUGGAAUUGUCCUCCCACCAGUAAAUAGGGAGUCUUUGUGUGGUGCUUCAUGGAGCUGCAGGAUUAGGUUGGUUUUGUAGCUUUUCCUAAUUUUCCAGGCAAAAAUUAUGGAGUAACUUAAUCUCCACCAAACUCUAGGACACAAUCAAUUUUGUUCAGGUAAUCCUCACAGCACUGUGCCAUUUACUUAACAGUUUCAUCAAGUUAACAGCUAUGGCAUGUAAUAACUGCAAAGACAUAAGCAGCACCACAACUUAAAACCGUUUUUAUUAACCUGAUAGAUCAGUAAUUUUUUUUCCGCGGUCAAGUAACCUUUAUUGUUUAAAAAUAUACAUACAGUUAUUCAUACAUUAUUUCUCUAUUACAGCUAACAAAAAAAGGUCUAAUCCAACCCAGUAAUUUAACUUUCCCAUUAUUUCUUUUAGAAGAAGAAUUUGGAUUUAUAACCCGCCUUUCUCUUCUGUCUCAGACUGACUUUUCUUCCUCUCCCCACAACAGACAUCUUGUAAAGCAGGUGGGGCUGAGAGAGCUCUGAGAGAAAGAACUGUGACUAACCCAAGGUCGCCCAAGGCGUGUGGGAGCAAAGAAACAAAUCCAGUUCUCCAGAUUAGAGUCCGCCACUCUUAACCACUACACCAUUCUGGCUCUAAUCCAUUUAUUAGUGGUUCAACCCCAUGAACAAGCUUAACAUCUGAACCCUGAAGAUGAUACCACAUUUUAAGUAGUAAUGGUAAUUUGUAUCUUAUCACUCUCUAUUCAGUUCCUUAAAAUCAAAAAAGCAACCCUACCAAUGGCUGCUCUCGUAUGUUAGCAAUAGUUCCAGUUACCUUUCACCAGCAUUACUACACAGCAGGGAGCACUCUUGUCUACAAUGGCCAUACUGUGUUAAAAACUAGAACACUCCUCUCAGCUAUGAGAAUACAGGAUAUCUGUGAAGUUUUUCCCAACCAAAACGGGUAGAAGAAAUAAGUUCAGGGUUCAGUUUCUAAUACUUGAGGGUUGUUUUU